AAUACGAGAUAAUUUAAUCAUUAACUCUGUUUAAAAUUUUUAAAGAAUUAUGUACAGAGAAAUGUUUCCAUUUUACUUUAAUCAAAAUGUAACAAAAAAUUUUUUAAUCAAAGUAGCUGAAGUAAUGGAAGACUUAUUUAAUAUAAAAAUUAGAAUGAAAAAUAUCGAUAAAAUAGCUGAAAAAUGGCUUAACGAACCUGCAUUAUAUAAAUCUACAUUUACUGUUUAUAACAAAAGUAUAUACGGUUUCAGUUAUGACGUAACAAUAACACAAAAUGGCAACAUUGACAAAAAUUAUGGAAUAGAGGAUUAUGAAGUAACUGAAUGGGAUGAAGUACUUAAUGAUAUAAACAUAGUAACAAAAAAUAGUUAUUUCGGUGCUGUCAUUCAGUUAUUCCAUACCCAAUGGAGCAGAGUGCCAGGAAUAUAUUAUUUACUUGCUUGUUUUUACGAGUGGGGUGCUUUCAUUGUUGCUGAAAACACUACCGCCAAACCGAAUUUAAGUAAUAUUGGUUUCAUGUCUUCCCAAUUCGGGCCGAUUUUGGUAUACAGUUUCCGAGAAAUAUUUGACAAAUCAUUAAGAUAUGUUCGCAUAAUGCCAAAUAUUCCUGGUAAAGAUGAGUCGGUAGUGAAUUUAAAUGAACAGCGAAUUGUAGUUUGCUUCCCUUUCAGCAAAGAAAUGGAUAUAGUCGACGGUGAAUGGAGAAGUUUAGCAAACUUUUAAUUUAGGUUUGCGAUUGACAUAUUUUUUUCCAAAUCAGUAAUCAUCUAGAUUAAUUUGUUCAAUUAGUGACAACAAUAAGCAUGGAGUACUGGUGAAAUAAAGCCUUCUCGUGAAAAACGAGUUUAUAUAUGGCCAUGUCUGAUCAGAUCCGUAUUAUGAGACUGUUCAUAUCUGAAAAUUAAAAAAAAAUCAAAUCUGAACUCGUUUUUCACGAGUUCAUAUAAUUCACUACCAAAAUAUGAUAUUCUUAAACCAGAGGUUUAAAAGGUUUUUCUUCAAUUGGCUGUGAAUUUAAGUAAAAUACAACGUGUUUCUCCUUAUCUUGGAGCCAACUAGUAAAAUUUGAUAAAAAAAUUUCCACUUUAUUGGGGAAUAUUUGUUGGUGCGAAUUCUAAUAGCUGCAUCAUUCGUUAAAUCAACUCUAAAAGUAGUAUACGCAUUGUUUAAUUUUU